AUGGACACCUGCAGCACUCACAUUGACGGCGAGUCUGAAACGGUGAGGGAAGAGCGAUGCGGUGAGACCCGUGACAAGGAGGGAAGGAGGCACGGCGAGAUGCAGAAGCGCAAAGGUAAGAGGCAGAAGAGAGACAACACAAUGGUGAGAGGAGAGGUUGAGUCGGCAGAGUUCCAAGUGAAGGAUGCGGCUAGCAAUGGCGGCAAGGAGAUUGAGAAAGGCCGGAGGCGAGACAGUGUCCGAUGUUCUAAAAAUUGGACCGGAUUGGUCGGUUUGACCGAUCUAACUAUAAACCGACAACAAUUACGGUUUAAUUUGUCUCCUGAAACCGUUUCUCCAAAAACCGAGGAAGAACUGCCGAACUGGCCGGUUGAACCGGACAGGGAACCGACCGGUUUAAAAGAAACGGCGUCCUUUUUCGCAAAUUUGGCUUACUUUCAUCUUGAAGCCUACACCACCGCCGCAAGGAGUGGCAUACUGCCGCCGUCCGUCCGUCUAUCUAGCUUCCCUCGUGCUCCAAGUCUUCACCACCCCUGUUCGCUGUCACCGAUCGCAGCUGCUUCCUCGAGCUCGGCGUCCCUCGUCUUUGUCUGUUCAGCCGCGCUUCCGCCGCCGUUUGUUUGCCGUUCACGUUCGCGUCUUCGUUCAGCCGUCGUCUUCGUUCGCGUUCUUCGCUGUUCAAGUUUGCUCGGCGUUCACCGUUCGCGUUCACUCGCCGUUCACCCUUCGGGUUCGCAUUCGCAUUCGCAUUCGUCUGGAAGCCACGUUGCUCUGCUUCAAACUCUGCGACCAACCCGCGCGCUCCACCUAGCCGUCGAACUGCUCUCUUUUGUCGCCGCCGGACAGAAUGUGCCUUGUUUCAGGAGCUUUUCUAGGGCAGCCUCUGUUGGAGCUGAGCAGAAAGAAGGGUUGAAACUGCUUGUGAAUGGGGGUGUUCAAGCCCAGAAAGCGGUUGGAACAUGGCUGUUUUGCUCAGCCGCAUGGGUGUUUAGUUUGGUGGUACUUGGUGGCAUUACCAGGCUCACCAGAUCCGGUCUUUCCAUGACCGAUUGGAAGUUCACUGGUACUCUCCCUCCGAUGUCUGACGAGGAAUGGCAUCAAGAAUUUGAGAAAUAUAAGCAGUCGCCUGAGUACAAGCGUGUUAACAAAGGGAUGAAACUUGAAGAUUUCAAAUUCAUAUAUUGGAUGGAAUAUGCACAUAGAAUGUGGGGAAGGGCACUGGGAAUUCUGUUUGUGUUGCCUUAUUCAUAUUUUCUCCGGAAGGGGUACAUUACAGUGAAAUUGGGACUGAGACUCUGUUCUCUGUUUGCUCUGGGUGCGGGGCAAGGUUUCAUUGGCUGGUGGAUGGUUAAAAGUGGUUUAGAGGAACCACCAUCAGAGUAUGUGCAACCAAGGGUAAGCCCAUAUCGUCUUGCAGCUCAUCUUACGUCGGCAUUUGCUAUUUAUUGUGGUCUCUUUUGGACUGCAUUAUCUGUUGUUAUGCCUGAACCACCAGCUGAAUCACUAGCGUGGGUUCGUGGGGCUGCCAAAGUGAAGAGACUUGCAUUACCUAUCAGCUUACUUGUCGGUCUUACUGCUAUCUCGGGUGCAUUUGUUGCUGGAAAUGAUGCUGGGCAUGCAUUUAAUACAUUUCCGAAGAUGGGUGAUACAUGGAUACCUGAUGACAUUUUUGAAAUGACACCUCUGAUUUGGAAUUUCUUCGAGAAUACGUCAACUGUGCAGCUUGACCACCGUAUACUUGCCACUGCAUCUCUACUUUCAGUCGCCAUUUUAUGGUUGUCGACAAGAAAGCUGGACAUACACCCUGCAGUAAGAGCACUGAUUGGGGGCACUCUUGGCAUGGCAGCUCUUCAGGUGACCUUAGGAGUUUCAACACUUCUCUCAUAUGUACCUGUUUCACUGGGAUCUGCACAUCAAGCUGGUGCCUUAACACUUCUUUCAUUUAUGAUAUUGCUUAACCACACAACUCGAAAGCCUUCAUUAUCCCUUCUCAAAUCAUUACCUGCAGUUGUCAAAUCACAAAACUUCUGAUAGUAUCUAUAUUACUUGACAAGGGAAUUGCUAUUAUUUUCAAUUUACUUGAUAAAGUUUUCAUUGAAUCUGGAAAAUUCAUGAUGGUACCACCAAUCUGUUAACUGUAUCAUCUGUGUGAUUUAUGCAUUAAAAGUUAGUAGAGAAUCAUCAUGUAAUCUAAUGUUUCUUACCUUUUUUUUCCCUUGUUAUUUCUUACUAUUACUUUUGAUACAUGCUUAGUUCAGUAUAACAAAUAAAAAUGCUUAGUUUGGAAUC